AUGAGCAUCGAGAACUCUGUGGUCGUGCCGGCCUACCACGAAAGGCCCAACAUCAAGCCCCUUGCCACGCGGCUGUUUGCCGCGCUCGGUAACGCGGACUCCAAGAAGACUGAGCUGAUCUUUGUCGACGACAACUCCCAGGACGGGUCUGUGGAAGAGGUGGAGGCCCUGGCCAAGCAGGGCUACAACGUGCGGAUCAUCGUGCGCACGGACGAGCGCGGGCUGUCGAGUGCGGUGCUCAAGGGCUUCUACGAGGCCAAGGGCGAGUACCUGGUGUGCAUGGACGCGGACCUGCAGCAUCCGCCAGAGAGCGUACCGCUGCUUCUGGACUCACUACGCACACAUCCGUUCGUGCUGGGCACGCGCUACGCGCCCGGCGUCGGAAUCGACAAGGACUGGCCCCUGUACCGGCGCGUGAUCUCCAGUAGCGCGCGCAUGAUGGCGCGUCCGCUCACGACCGCGUCAGACCCGAUGUCCGGCUUCUUCGGGCUACAGCGCCGCUACCUGGUCAACGACGACGCCAAGGGGAUCAACUCCGAGGGCUUCAAGAUCGCGCUGGACCUGCUGGUCAAGCUGCCCUUGCCGGCCGACCGGCCCAUUGGCGAGGUCCCGUUCUCCUUCGGUCUGCGCACAGAGGGCGAGUCCAAGCUUUCUGGGAAGGUCAUCGUGCAGUAUCUCAAGCAGCUGCGCGAGCUCUAUGCCUUCAAGUUCGGCACCUCCAAUCUGUUUCUUUUUCUCUUCUUCUGGGCAAUCCUAGCUGUCUACCUGUUCAUCCAGCUUGCCAGUGCUCUAGCCUGA